AUGCCUGUUUACAAGGAAGGCCUGAAAGGUGUCAUCGUUCCAACGAUGAUGAGCGUCCUCGCCGCAGUCCAAUAUUACGAAGAACAAGGCGGGACCGCCUCCGUCUUCGUCAACGACGACGGCAUGCAAGUGAUCCAGCCCGAACUGGCCGAAGCAAGAAAGCAGUACUACCGCGAAAACGGGAUCGGGUAUACUGCCCGGCCUCCCAAUAAGAAAACAGCAGUCAAGAAGAGUGGCUGGGCCUUUGGGCUCUUUCGGAAGGACAAACCCGUGCCAGCCGCAGAAGAAAAUUCCCCAGGGGGAGAAGAGGACGGUCCUCUGACGCCGCAGGAACUGGCGAAUAAGAUCGGAUUCGAGCGCAAGGGUAAGUUCAAGAAGGCGAGUAAUAUGAACUACGGAUUGGCCUUUUCGAUUCGCGUUGAGGAUGAACUGGCUCGUCUGCUGCAAGUGGAGGCAGAGCGACGGGGAUGUACGGUUGACGAGUUGACGGUGGACGACGACGAGCGACUCUAUCAACAGGCGCUGGAUAAUAUGCUGGCUGCUGAUGAGGGCCGUACUUGGGCCGAAGGGAACAUCCGUAUCGGGGAGUUGAUCUUGCUGAUCGACUGUGAUACUCGUGUGCCGGUGGACUGCCUUCUCUACGGUGCCCUGGAGAUGCAUGAGAGCCCUGAAGUGGCCAUUUUGCAGCACGGAUCUGGCGUUAUGCAGGUCGUCCAUAAUCUGUUUGAGAAUGGCAUUACCUACUUUACCGACGUCGUCUACACAGCCAUCAAAUACGGUGUCGGGUCCGGCGACGUGUCUCCGUUCGUCGGCCACAAUGCAUUUCUCCGAUGGAAAGCACUCCAAAGCAUCCAGUUCGUCGAUCCAUCCGACGGCCUGACGAAGUGGUGGUCUGACGCACACGUGUCGGAGGACUUUGAUAUCAGUCUCCGGCUGCAGAUGCAGGGGAUGGUGGUGCGGCUGGCGACGUACCACAACGGGGAGUUCAAGGAAGGCGUGUCGCUGACGCUGUACGAUGAGUUGACGCGGUGGGAGAAGUACGCCUAUGGGUGUAACGAGCUGGUGUUCCAUCCUUUCUACCAAUGGUUCUACAAGGGACCGGUAACCCGGCUGUUCCUGCGGUUCCUCUGGAGCAAUAUGCCUGUUACGUCCAAAGUGACCAUCGUGGCAUACAUCUUCACCUACUAUGCCAUCGGCUCUGGCAUGCUCCUCGCCACAGUAAACUACAUCCUCCUCGGCCUCUUCGACUCGGACAUAGACCACCUCUAUCUCCCCUCCUGGGGCAUCUGGUGCUCGCUCGUCGUCGUCUUCAACGGGUUCUCCUCCAUCGCCUUUAGCAUGGCCCGCCACCAGCUAAAGGAGGAGACGUUCUGGCGCGCCCUCCUCGACGCAGUCAAGUGGCUCCCUUUCCUGAUCAUCUACUUCGGCGGGAUCAGCCUGAACUGUGCCAAGGCGAUUCUGUGCCAUGCUUUCAGCAUUAAUCUCGAGUGGGCGUCGACAGCCAAGGAGAUGGGGCCGACGGGAUUCUACAUCGGGAUGGACAAGAUGGUGAGGCGGUUCAAGUGGACGUGGGCGAUCUGUGUGGUUCUUGCGGGAGUGAUGGUCUACUUUGCGGUUGGUGCGCCCUGGGGAUGGACGAUUACGCCGGGGCCUUAUUCGACGGCGAAUGUGGCGAUUGCGCCGUUGGCUAUCCAGAUCUGCUCGGCAAGUUUUCUUCCGUUCUUUUUGGGGUUGAAUUGA